AUGGAAAAAGCAAUAAAGGAAAGAGUAGAGAAAUGGAAAAAAGAGAAUACUGUUGAUGGAAAGGAAGUAACAAAUGAAAAUGCAUAUGAAAAUUUGACUGAAUUAAUUUUAGAUGGUAAAAAGUUUAGUACUAUAAAAACUGAAGAUAAGGAAUUAUUGAAAAAAUUUAAAAAUUUAGAAAGACUAUGUUUAAACCAAACGGGAAUACAAAGUUUAGAAAAUUUACCAAAAAUUGAUACCUUAAAUGUACUUGAAUUAACUGAUAAUCAUUUAAGUACUGUUGACAUAUUAAAAUUUAUAGUUGAAAACUUUCCAAAUAUUAAAACAUUAGAAAUAGGAGGAAAUCAUUUUAAAAAUAUAAAAGAUUUUGAAGUUUUAAAAAAUUUAAAAAAUUUGGGUCGAUUAGGAGUUCAAUUUAAUCCAUUCGCUGAAGAUCCUAAUUAUAGAAAGGAAUUAUUUACAUUUUUGCCAGAUGUUAAAAUAAUUGAUUGUUAUAAUAAAGAAGGAGUAGAAGUCCUAAGCUCAGAUGAAGAAGAAGAAGAAGAAUACGAGGAAGAUAAUACUUUAAAAAAUUUUUAUGAAGCAGAUUUCAAAGAAGAAGAUGAAGAAGAUGAAGAAUUCGUACCAAAUGAUCAUGAAGAAGAAGAUGAUGAUGAAUUAGAUGAUGAUUUGGAAGAAGAAGAAAUUGAUGAUUUAGAUAAAGAAGAUAUAGAUAAAGAUGAUUUAGAUGUAGAAACAAAAGAUAGUGAAGAAGCAGAAAAGGAAGAAAAAACUAAUAAGAGAAAGCAGGAUAGUUUAGAUAAUGUAAAUGAAGUGGACACAAAAAAAACGAAAGUAGAAUAA